AUGCAUCCUCCAUUGAACUCAAUUGCCGUGGCUCUGGCUGCCAUCGGUCUUGCUGGUGCUCAGAACAGCAGCUGGGACCACAAUUUAUUCACCUCAAGUCCGCCGGUAUAUCCAAGCCCGGAGACUGCUGGCAUUGGCUGGGAGACCGCUUUGGCUCAAGCAGAGGCCUUCCUAGCCAACCUCACCCUAGAAGAGAAGGCUGGAAUAGUCACAGGCUCUGCCGGACCUUGUGUAGGCAACAUUGCCCCUAUUGAGCGCCUGGGCUUCGACGGACUCUGCUUGCAAGAUGGUCCACUGGCGAUCAGACAGGCGACUUAUGCUUCAGUGUUUCCUGCCGGACUGACAGCUGCUGCCUCGUGGGACAAAGGACUCAUCUACACCAGGGGAUUAUACAUGGCUCAAGAAUUCAGAGGCAAGGGAGCCAACAUUGCGCUUGGGCCAGUUGUCGGACCUCUGGGUCGCAACGGUCGCGGUGGACGCAAUUGGGAGGGUUUCUCACCCGACCCGUACCUCAGCGGUGUUGCUGUUGAACAGACUAUCUGGGGCAUGCAAUCUACAGGAGUACAAGCUUGUGUCAAGCAUUAUAUCGGAAAUGAACAGGAGACUCAACGCAACCCAAGCACUCGCAACGGAACGACUAUCCAAGCAGUCUCAUCGAACAUCGAUGACCGAACUAUGCAUGAGCUAUACUCCUGGCCGUUCGCUAACGCUGUCCGAAGCGGUGUCUCUUCCGUAAUGUGUUCGUACAACAGACUCAAUGGUUCCUAUGGCUGUGCGAACUCCAAGACGUUGAAUGGCAUUCUCAAAGAGGAGUUUGGCUUCCAGGGAUACGUAAUGAGUGAUUGGGGUGCUACCCACAGCGGAGUGGCAUCGAUCAAUGCGGGUCUCGACAUGGACAUGCCCGGUACGAUUGGGUUCGUCGCAGGAGGUAACAGCUUCUUCGGCGGCAACAUUACCACCGCUGUCAACAAUGGUUCACUCUACGAGGCUCGUCUCGAUGACAUGAUCAAACGUAUCAUGAUACCGUACUUCCAUUUCAAGCAAGAUACCGAUUACCCUCCCAUCGAUCCGAGUGGAGCUACCAAUGGCUUUUUCGGUGCUGCCGCUUUGACCGUCGACUUCCCUCUUGGCUCUGUUGCGAAUGUUGAUGUUCGCGCAAACCACGCUACAUUGAUUAGAGAACUCGGUUCCGCCGGAACAGUCCUCUUGAAGAACGUCAACGGUGCUUUACCAUUGAAGGCACCGAAGAAUAUUGCAGUCCUGGGUAAUGAUGCUGGGGAUGUCAUCAAUGGCGAAUACUUCGCUACCGCACCUUAUUCGCAGAACCCAUUUGGAUAUGAGUAUGGCACACUUCCUGUUGGUGGUGGUUCGGGCACCGGGCGCAUGUCCUACCUUGUCGACCCACUCACUGCAAUCAAAGCUCGUGCUGCACAGGAUGGUACUCUUGUGCAAUAUAUUCUGAACAACACAUUGUUGUCGACACCACGUGGUCUUGCAGGCCUCCAGCCAUCACCACCUGAUGUCUGCCUUGUUUUCCUCAAGACCUGGGCAACAGAAGGCCUCGAUCGAAGCUCACUGCUGGCAGACUGGAAUUCGACCGCUGUUGUCGAAUCGGUGACUAGUGUGUGCAACAACACUGUCGUUAUAACCCAUUCGGGCGGAUUGAACAUUCUGCCCUGGGCUAACAACCCCAAUGUUACUGCGAUUCUUGCAGCCCAUCUCCCAGGUACCGAGACAGGCAACGCCAUCGUGGACAUUCUCUUCGGUGAUGUCAACCCUAGCGGUAAACUACCUUACACCAUUGCCAAAACACAAGAGGACUACGCCUUUGCCGACAUCACCAACGGCACUACUUUAGCUACCACUAGAGACCCUAACGCUUGGCAAUCGGACUUCAAAGAAGGUCUUCUGAUCGACUAUCGCCAUUUCGACUACUACAACCAAAGUGUCCAAUACGAGUUUGGAUUUGGUCUUUCGUACUCGACCUUCGACAUCUCGUCUUUGAGUGUCACUAAAGUUUAUGGUGGUUACAACAUCACCAGCACUCCUCCCCCUGCCAAGAUCAUCCCUGGUGGCAACCCUACUCUCUGGGAUGUCCUUUACCGAGCUACCGUGACUGUGUCAAAUACAGGUGAUGUUGGUGGUGCCACCGUCCCACAGCUGUAUUUGUCACUUCCUCAGGUCCCUGGUGAGGAUCCCACUCCACUCUAUGUUCUCCGUGGAUUCGAGAAGGUUAGCUUGCAACCAGGGCAGAGCACGGUGGUCAACUUUGACCUCACCAGACGUGAUCUCAGUUAUUGGAGCGUGUUCCAGCAGGAGUGGGUCAUCGCUGGAGGAGACAUCCGAGUCUCGAUUGGUUUGAGCAGCAGGGAUUUCAAGGCGACCUCUUCGAUCAGGGUUCUCUGA